AUGUUGGUCCAGGUGAUAGAAAUCUUCAUCUGCCGCAUCAAGGAAGCAGCAGACCGUCCUAGCGCUGAUGAAAUUAAGAAAUGCCAAGCUCACUGCAGCAUUUUGAAUAACGAAGUAUGCCGCAGCAUAAGCUUUGAUAAGGAAAAGACCUCCUUAGGAGAGGUCAAGGGAGGCACGAGUGCUGCACAGUUUGCCACUGAGUACAUGAAAGAAGUCGCUUCCAUUCUGCAGAGUGGUAAGGUGAUAUCAUCCAAGGUGAAGAUCCUGCUGCUGCAGAGUGUGGCGUGUUGGUGCUACUUAAACCCCACCAGCAAGAAGAGGGCCAGACAGAUGAAGUUGAUUCCUACUUCACCUUUCUUCGAUGCUACCUGCAACUCCACCGUCAAAGCUGAACUGAACAGCCACCACCUCGUUAAUUUUUGGAUCUGCUAUGCUCUCUCUGCCAUGACCUGGAAUAACUCAUCUAUCAUGAAGGCGCUGAGGUCCUACAGCUCUCUAAAAUACCACCUGCAGAUCUUGGCUAUGGAGAACUGGACUGGGUGGUCUGAAAAUUUUGCCGAGGUCUUGUAUUUCCUAAUAGGUUUUCACAGGAGUUAA